AUGCGGCCUCAAGUAUAUCAGUGUGUCCAGGUGACAAAGCCGCUGCCCGUGCAGCAGAAGGAUGUUCAUCUGCGGGAACGAGGCGUUCGGAUCAUGCAGGAGCCGGAGGUGAUAGAAACUUGCGCCGAUCGCUGCUACAGUCCGACAGAUGACCUUGACGACGAUCUUAGCUUCCAUCACGGGGCGGUGACCGAUCCUGCAGAGCCUGUGGCACUAAGCCCCGACCCUGCCUUGGAACAAGUUCAAGGAGUGCGCAAGAUAAUUCCUUCGUCGCAGUCGGCGGCUGCCACUCUUCUGCGGCGAAAGUCGCUCCUGAAAAAACAGGAUCAGAUGAUGGUGGCAUCUUCGCCUUUGCUGCGGCCUCCGCGCCUGCCUGUGUCGCGGAAUAGCUCCGUGGAGUCGAGCUCCAACGUGUCCAACGUCUCAGCGGUUUCCGGUGACAGCCGGACGAAAGGCAGCCCAAGAUCGCCAGGGGCCUGCUACACGUCGCACAGCGGUACAGAUGAGGAGCGGUCUCCAUGUCCAAGUGUCUCCAACAUGAGCAAUGGCAGCGUUGACACAAAGCCUCGUGGUCUUCUGUCUGAAGAUGAAGACGAUAUUCCUCGCGCAUAUGGCACCACAGAGCGCACCUUUCGAGCAUUCUGUGGAUGCAAGCCAGGAAUGGACGGGAAAACGUUUGCCAAGCUAUGCAAGGACAGCAAUCUGGUGGACAAGAGUUUGACGAAGACGGACGUUGACAUCAUUUUUGCCAAAGUUGUUCAGAAGGGACAUCGUCGAAUGUAUUUGGAGCAGUUUGACUCAGCUUUGGAGCUUAUUGCGGACAAAAGGGGCAUGAAGUUGGAGGACGUUUGGUCGCACGUGAGGUCCUGUGGUGGCCCCGUGCUGAACAGUACUAAAGCAGAUGCAGUCCGCUUCUACGAUGACAAGAGCACUUACACGGGUACACAUGCACAAGGAGGGCCUGAUCCUGGCCGCAAAGGAAGAGGUACCCUGACCGCCUGGUCAUCAGAUUUGCGCGAUGAGGUUCCCUGUACUCCGCGGGAUGAUCCGGAAACACCAGCUGCGGCGACAGCCACUUCUCUAUAUAUUCCCUUCGAGGAAAAAGAAAAGGAAAGGCAGCGUGCAUCAGUGCGCACUGGAAGCUUAAGUGAGAAGAAGAUUGCCCAGCAGCUUCGUGGAAAGGAUGGAACCGUGGAGGACACGUUCAAAGCUUACAGCGGGAACAAGCCGGACCUGGAUGGAAAGACUUUCGUGAAGCUGUGCAAGGAUUGCGAAAUCAUCGACGACAUCUUCACGCCCAUCGACGCAGAUCUGGUGUUCGCGAAGGUCGUUUCAAGAGGUCAUCGGCGAAUCACGCUGCAGCAGUUCCACAACGCGCUAAGAAUGAUUGCAGAAAGGAAGGGCGACUCAGAAGAGGACAUAUGUCGCCUCGUUGCGGAAUCCGAAGGUGUGCUGCAUGCAGGGACUACAGCUGAAUAUGUGCGGUUCUUCGAUGAUAAAAGCACAUACACUGGAACCCAUGUAUAUGGAGGUCCAGACAGCAGUGCCCAGAGCAGCCAUGAUCAGCUGUGGAGCUCGAUGUUGCGACCUUACGAGGAUCUCCCAGAGAUGGUCGUGACAAAGAUACAAGAGGCCAGUCCUACAGGAGCAACCGGGCGAGCUGCCAAGGAGCGAGCCGUUCAGCCGAAGGCCAAGCCACGGGCUCGCUUGGCAAUCACUGCGAAGGGCAAGCCUCCCCAGGGUGACAGGGAUGAUUUCACCAUGGUCUUCACAGACGUGCAAGGCUCUACGUCUCUUUGGGAGUCGAAUCCUCGGGCCAUGGAAAUGGCGCUGCGGCUGCACGAUGCGACGAUCCGGCAAGUUCUCGCGAAGCACAGUGGGUAUGAGGUCACCACGGAGGGUGAUGCCUUUCAGAUCGCGUUCCAUGAUACUUGCGAUGCCGUGGCCUUCUGCCUUGACACACAGGCAGAGCUGCUGCGUUGCGACUGGCCUGCGCCCACACUGGGACAUACCGAUGCUGCGGCCAGCAGCGACGGCGCCUGGCGGGGCCUGCGCGUGCGGAUGGGUUUGCAUUCCGGGCGGCCGGCCUACGUCACCAAGCACGAGGUGACUGGUCGCUGGAGAUAUGCUGGGCCAUCCGUGGCAAUGGCAAAAGCCAUCGAGGGCGUUUGUCACGGUGGCCAGAUCAUCAUGUCUGCGAGCAGCUACCAUCUUAUCGAUGGGAUGCUGACUUUGCUGGGCAGCCCUCAGGUUGUUGAUCUGGGGGAGCAUAUCCUGGAGGGGCACGGCCUGACAGAAGACUCUUCCAGAACUGGAUGUUCAGGCCGUGCAAAGGUGCAACUAAUUCAGCUAGUACCUGAUUUGCUCUCGCACGAGUACUCCUGUGAGGACCCCGCAGACAAGGCCACCUUUGGAGGCGGCAGGAAGUUUCCGCCCAUCGAGAGCGAGGAGCGCGCCUCCCCGGGCUUUGAGGAGUCACCGGCGGGGUCCUCCAUCACUCUUUGCUUUGUCUUUACAGCAGGCGCUCGAGAACUAGUUGCCACUGAUCCUGUACUGGCAUCGCAGUCACUUGGAUUACUGCGCGGAUAUUUGCGGGAAGUUCUGCGACAUGCGGGUGACGGCAGUGGAUACGAGUGCCAAGAAGAUGAAGGCGCAUUCAUGCUGGCCUUUGCCAACAUGGUGGAUGCGUCUGUUUUUUCGACCCUCUUGCAGAGAAAGCUACCUCAGCUGCCGUGGCCGGCAGGGCUGCUGGAGCGAGGUCCCCGGUAUGCUCGAGGACUUCAGGUAUCCAUAGGAGCGCUUCAUGGUGCCUAUACAUCUAGGAGGCCGCAUGCGACGACUGGACGCGCUGACUAUUUUGGCACGAUAGUGAACCGCACUGCCCGCAUUGCGGCGGCAGCGCAUCCUGGGCAGGUGCUGCUGGGUGGCGACAUGCCGCUGGACGCCGACGCACAACGCCGGCUUCCGGGGCUGCAGUGGCAACAGCCGCCGGUUCUGCCAGGAUAUCCACAAAUGAUUCCGCAGCCGAUGCUGCAGCCAAUGCCGCCGCAGCAUGCGAUGAAACCGCCGGGAUACCCACCAAUGAUGCAUGGGGGCUAUCAGACUGCCGCCCAACCUGUCAAUUGGAUUCCUGGGCAGCCCAUUCCUUCACCGUCACCGGCACCUCAGCCUCAACCUCAAGGACCAGGGUGGUCGAUUCUGCGGCUUGGCGCUUUUGCCCUGAAGGGCAUCGACAGCCCGAUUGUGUUGAACGAGCUUCGCUUGUUUGGAGAGGGAGGCAGCUUCGACACCUUCCCCGAGCCCAAGACGAAGGGACGCGUUUCGGCCUGA